UCCAAGACCUCCCCCCCCCCGACCCCCAACCCAGUGUCAAGAUGCUGGGGGCAGGCGUGGAGCUCUGUCUCCCAAAGGGGAAGUUUGUUAAAAAUAGGUGUCUUGGCCCCACCCCAGACCUACUGAGUUAGAACCUGGGGCAUCCGCAUUUUCAGCAAGCUCUCCUCCCAAGGGGCCCUGGGGCCCCAGCAGGACUGCGCAACUGCUGGGCGGGUCUCUCAAGCCUAAUUCCCCGUGGUGUCCUAAUUCCCCGUGGAGCGCUAACAGCGUGAACAGGACAGCAGCGCUCCCGUGUGCUGAGCCACAAAGGGGGCAGGUGCUCCGUCACCCCCAUUCUACAGAUAAAGGCACUAAGAAAAGGUAAUCGAUUGGCCGGUCCAAGGUUGCGAAGCUAGUAAGCAGCGGAACUGAGACUAAAUCCUGAAUUUCAAAAAGUUUAAAAUGCUAACAACAUCCAUGAUAGUAGCGCGCCCCCUCACCUAGACGUCACAGCAACUCAGAGAGGUCACAAAUGACGUGACCAUUUGGCAGGUGAGGAAACAGAGGCUAGGCGAGCUCUAGCCUGAAGCCGCUCACUGCCUGGCGAACCGGGGGCGUUACCCCCAAACCGCACGACCCGGCUCUGGGGCUCUGGGCACUAUGGCCUGGGGGCUGGUCUACGCCCUCCUCUGCACUUUACACGGCACCCCCCGCCCCCACUGAGGCGUGAGGACGCCCUGAGCUGAGCGCAGGGCCAGACAUGACCCGGCGUCACCCCAACCCCUGGACGCAGCAGGUGGCGUCCCCCAACCCCUGGACCCAGCAGGUGGCGCCCAAGGGGCUCCCCGGCGACCGCGCUCGCCGAAGGAAAGACCCGCUGCUGCCCAGUUUGCCCCUGCCCCAAAUCCGGGGAGUAUCUGGCGCGGGGGCCACCCGGGGCUCGAGGGCCUCGGGGAGCGACGACGGGUGGUGGGGCGGGUCCUCGCUCCCAGAGCUGGGGGUGGGUGUCAGGAGCGCCCCGCUGAGCCUGCCCACCCUGCCCACCGGGGCGCAGCGGGCGGCGCAGAACCGGGCGAAGCUGAGGUCGCUCCUGCUGCCGCCCCUGCUCCGGGCCGGUGCGCCCCGGGACCCCGCGCCCCGGCCUGGAGAGAGCGAGGACCCCUGCAGGGGCUCGGCCAGGGAGACCCCGGACUCCCGGCUCGCGCUCCAAGGAGAGCUCCUCCCCAGCAAGUUCCGGGAGUUCCUGCAGCGGACUGGGGCCGAGUGCGUCCGGGCGACGCCACCGACAUCCUCAGCACGGCAAUCAAAAAAGAGUGUGUCAGAGCACCGCCAGCACCUUCCCCGGUGUCCCCACUGUUCCUUCCCUUCAGACCUGCGGGGUCAGUCAUCGUGCUUCCAGAAUAGUCUUAAGAAGAUUUUGCUGCGUCGGAUACCUGCCCUGGGGACCCUGAAGAGAGAUCGCUCGCAAUUCAUCACCUUCAAAAAGGCCAACCAGCCCCACGGUGUCCAGGCCCCCAAGCUCAAGACUGUGCUCACUCACAGCUCCUCGGGAGAAGGCUCGGGAAGGAAGCGUAGGCGCUUCUGCCCCUUCCGCGUGCGAUUUGCUGAUGAGACCCUGCGGGACAGCGCGCUCCGCUACUGGGAACGUAGCUUGGCAGUCCGGCAGGGCCACAUCGAGAAGGGGAUAGCCACCGGGUCAAGGACAUCAGAACGGGGGUUCAGGAGUGUCGGGAGAUGGCUGGAGAGUUUGCCCAAAGCCCUGUGCCCCAGGGCCCAGGAGGAGGCCACGGCCAGCAUCUCGUUCGGCUGGGACUGCCCGGGCCUGGCCCCCCAGGAGCCACAGGGCCACCUCUCUGAGGAUGCCUCCGUGAAAAGCAGCCUGCCCUUCAUCCCCAGGGCCACCACCCAGAGGCCGCAAAGUGGCCUCAAAACCUUCCUGGAAGCCCACAGCAUCCUGGAGCAGGUGGACAGAUCGCCCAGCUCCUGGAGCCAGGAGCUGGAGUCCUUCCUGCCCAGCGUGGCGCUGGUCCUGAACCGAGGCCGCCCUAAGGGCUCCUGCCUUCUGUGACGCCACAGCAGGCGCGCAGGUGAAUGACCACUGGAGCCCAAGCCCACGUGUGGACACGGGGCUGAGAAGAGGCCCUUCCUGUCCCACAAAUAAACAUACAUUCCAGGUGGCUGGGACCUGCUGCCGGGUCUCACCCUACAAGGCUC